UUGACCCACUGUGCCCCAGAGCCUCACACAGAGAUGGCACUGCUCAGCAACAUCCUGGCAGCCUAUGCCUUCAUCACAGAAAACCCUGAGCGGGCUGCCCUGUAUUUUGUCUCCGGAGUGUGCAUUGGACUUGUGUUGACCCUUCUGGCCCUGGUGCUAAGGGUGUCCUGCCGAACGGACUGCAGACGCUCCUCCUCCAAAAAACCCCCUCGGGAGCGGGAAAGCGACAGCGACAGCAGCGACAGCGAUGAUGAUUCGGACACCACUUCAGACCUGUCUGCCCGCAGGCACCGCAGGUUCGAGAGGACUUUGAACAUGAAUGUCUUCACUUCAGCGGAGGAGCUGGAGCGAGCGCAGCGGCUGGAGGAGCGGGAGCGCAUCAUCCGGGAGAUCUGGAUGAACGGCCAGCCAGACAUCCCAGGGACCAGGAGCCUCAACCGCUACUACUAA